AUGAAUGAUAUUUAUGACUUAGUUGAUGGAAAUUAUCUUCCAUUAGCACUAUUUACUGAUUGUGAUGACAGAAUGGUAUAUGAAGUUUAAAGAAAUAGAUAAAUCCAAUCUAAGAAGCAUUCAUUUGUUUAUGGAAAAGAGAACUCAUCUGAUGUCUAGGAUAAAGCUUAGU